AUGGCCAUGGAGCACCUCCGGUGGCGCCCCACGGUGAACGAGCGCGACUUCAUCGAGCGCGCGCUCCAGUCCGACCUCCGCGUCGACGGCCGCCACUCCUUCGACUUCCGCAAACUCGAGAUAACCUUUGGCAGGGAGGACGGCUCGUCGGAGGUGCAGCUCGGGGAGACGCACGUGAUGGGCUACGUGACUGCUCAGCUGGUGCAGCCAUACCGUGACAGGCCGAACGAGGGGACGUUGGCCAUAUUCACCGAGUUCUCACCCAUGGCCGACCCAGCCUUCGAGCCUGGGCGUCCUGGGGAAUCAGCAAUUGAGCUUGGACGAGUCAUCGACCGUGGCCUCAGGGAGAGUCGAGCUGUUGACAUGGAGUCCUUGUGUGUUGUUGCUGGGAAGCAUGUCUGGUCUGUGCGUGUCGACCUUCACAUCUUGGAUAAUGGAGGGAAUCUCAUUGAUGCAGCUAACAUCGCUGCAUUGGCAGCUUUAUCUACUUUCCGGAGGCCUGAAUGCACGGUUGGUGGGGACGAUGGUCAGCAAGUUACAGUGCAUGAUCCUGAGGUUAGGGAUCCGCUUCCUCUUACAAUACAUCAUAUGCCCAUAGCUGUAACAUUUGCAUAUUUUGGUGAAGGCAACAUCGUGGUUCUUGAUCCCACAUACAAGGAAGAAGCAGUAAUGGGAGGGAGGAUGACUGCUACAGUUAACUCAAAUGGUGAUGUUUGUGCCAUCCAGAAAGCUGGUGGAGAGGGUGUCAUGUCAAGUGUUAUCAUGCAGUGUUUAAGAAUUGCUUCGGUAAAGGCUGCUGAUAUAACAAGCAAAAUAAAGAAAGCAGUAGACUCAUACACCACCGAGAAAGCUUUAAAGAAAGUAAAACGUUUACCAACCUCGGUUCCUCAGAAAAUUAGCGUCACUGAUGUAAUUAUGGAGGACAAAGGUGAUGGUGAAUUGGAAAAGCAAACUGUGGACGUUCAGCAGAUAAGCAAAGGUGAUGAGGACCAUCAAAGUAUAAAAAGGAAUUCACCCUUGACUGGGGACCGAAUUGCUAAACACAAACAAACAUCAACAUUCAUUGGUGGCCCAUCAAAUUGGGAUCCAUAUUCUAAAGGAGUUUCAUUAAGCUCCCUCAGAAUUUCUGAUUUGCCGGAUCCGCCAACUAUCGUCAAGGUCAGCAGCCACGAGGAUGCCCAACCAAUGACUGAAUCAUCUAAUGCUGAGGUGAACACAUCAAGUGCUGUGGCUGCUGGAGAGUCUGAUGAGUCCCAGGAAAUUGGAUCGCCAAAGAGUCUAAAAGAUGCUAUCAAACCAAAGCAUAAAAGAAAGAAGAAAAGUGACAAGAGUUAG